AUGGCCUUAGACAACGUCCUGAACCGCACGAUAGAUCUCUACCACUUCCGACCGGAGACCAGCAUUCCAGACCUUAGUGGAAAGGUAAUCAUCGUCACAGGCGGAAAUAUAGGACUGGGCUUCCAAUCCAUUGUGCAACUUGCACCUCACAACCCGCAAAAAAUAUACCUCACCGCUCGCUCUCGUACCAAGUACGAUGCAGCAAUGACAGAGCUCCGAAAAGGUAAUACGUCUAUCGAUGAAGUCGUUCACUUUGUCGAGAUGGACCUUUCUUCCCUUGCUUCGGUCAAAAAAGCAGCCGAACAGAUCUUGUCGGAAACCGAUCGUGUAGACGUCCUCAUGAAUAACGCUGGCAUCAUGGGCACCUCACCGAGUCUGACGAAAGAUGGCUACGAGAUUCACUUUGGAGUCAACCACAUGGGCCAUGCACUCUUGACCAACCUCCUUAUGCCCUUCCUCCUUCGUACAGCCAAGCAAUCCGAAGUGCGCGUCGUCAACGUCUCAAGUGGUGCAUACGAAAUGGUAGACCCCAAGAUUGGCUUUGACGAGAAGCUAGUCAAGACAGACAUGGCAAAGGUCUCUGGCUCGGGUGGGAACCUGAUGUCCCGCUAUGGUACUUCCAAGCUCGCUAAUGUCCUUCAUGCACGAGGCCUAGCAAAGCACUACCCAUCCGUUACCUCUGUGUCAAUCGCACCAGGACGAGUGAAGACCACAAUACUGGACAACCUGUAUGCUGAAGGUCAAGAUAAAUUCUAUGGCUACUUCCAGAAGUUUUAUGACAUCGUUAUCGGAGCCAAAACACCAUACGACGGUGCUUUCACUCAGGUCUGGGCUGCUACGGAGCCGGAGAAGGCGAGGGUCGAGAAUGGUGCGAUGUACUUUCCUGUGGGGAAGAAAGGUCCUGGGACGAAACUAUCGAAUGACAAUGCUCUGGUUGACAGGUUCUGGGACUUUACGGAGAAUGAAUUGAAGAGGUUAGGAUACUAG